CACACUGUCCCCGGCAAAACGAUUUAUGUCAUAUUUUUAAUAUAGGCGUUUCUGCAGUGACUCUUGCCUUUGCCAAUUGCCGACGCCUGUGUCCAUCUCUUUCCUCCCUCUCUCUCUCCUGCCCUUCGGUUACUUUUCUUUUUCUGUAGCUCUGAUUCCCCCGACUCCGGCGACGAUUCUGGCAAAAAGCAGAGCUACAGCGAGGUUCCGCUCGGCAGGCCUCAAUUAAACCUAGAAGCUCACAACUGCUUCUACUUAUCUGAUCCAACAAUCUCCAGUUAUGAGUAGUUUAGUUGAGAGGCUUCGCGUAAGGUCGGAUAGAAGGCCGAUUUAUAAUAUAGAUGAAUCGGAUGACGAAGCGGAUUUUGUGCAUGGAAAAAUUGGGAACACAAAGGAAAAGAUUGAAAGGAUAGUCAGGACUGAUGCGAAGGAUGACUCAUGUCAAGCCUGUGGAGAAGGUGGCAGUCUUCUCUCUUGUGAAACAUGCACUUAUGCUUACCAUCCCAAGUGUUUGCUUCCACCUCUGAAGGCUCCUCUUCCUGGCACUUGGAGAUGCCCUGAAUGUGUUAGCCCUCUAAAUGAUAUUGACAAGAUACUGGAGUGUGAAAUGCGUCCUACUGUAGCUGGUGAUAGUGAUGCAUCUAAACUGGGUUCAAAGCAAAUAUUUGUAAAACAGUAUCUUGUGAAGUGGAAGGGAUUAUCUUAUCUGCAUUGCACAUGGGUGCCAGAAAAGGAGUUCCUUAAAGCUUUCAAGGCACAUCCUCGUCUAAAGACAAAAGUGAACAACUUUCAUCGUCAGAUGGCAUCAAUAAAUAACUCUGAAGACGACUUUGUUGCUAUUCGUCCAGAAUGGACUACUGUUGACCGGAUUCUUGCUUGCAGGGGGGAUGAUGACGAGAAGGAGUAUCUUGUAAAAUGGAAAGAACUUUCAUAUGAUGAAUGUUAUUGGGAAUUUGAAUCAGACAUUUCUGCAUUUCAAUCUGAAAUUGAAAAAUUUAAUAGAAUUCAGUCAAGGUCUCGCAAACUAUCCUCUAGUAAGCAGAAAAGCACCCAUCGUGAUGGUGGUGAUUCAAAGAAGAAACAGAAAGAGUUUCAACAGUAUGAACAUAGUCCCGAUUUUCUUUCUGGAGGUUCAUUACAUCCAUAUCAGCUUGAAGGGCUGAACUUCCUACGGUUCUCUUGGUCCAAACAAACACAUGUGAUACUUGCUGAUGAGAUGGGCCUUGGAAAAACUAUACAAAGUAUUGCGUUUUUAGCAUCUCUUUUUCAAGAAAGUCUCUUUCCGCAUUUAGUAGUUGCACCACUUUCAACAUUGCGAAAUUGGGAACGUGAAUUUGCGACAUGGGCACCUCAAAUGAAUGUUGUUAUGUAUGUUGGCUCUGGCCAAGCUCGUUCUGUUCUAAGGGAUUAUGAGUUUUACUUUCCAAAAAAAUCAAAGAAGAUAAAGAAAAAAAAAUCCGGUCAAAUCAUCAGUGAAAGCAAGCAAGAUAGGAUAAAGUUUGAUGUCCUUCUUACAUCAUAUGAAAUGGUUAACAAUGAUACAGGAUCAUUGAAACCGAUAAAGUGGGAGUGCAUGAUUGUUGAUGAAGGUCAUCGUCUAAAGAAUAAGGAUUCAAAGUUGUUUCUUUCCUUGAAGCAAUAUUCGAGUAGACAUCGUGUUCUUUUGACUGGAACUCCUCUUCAGAAUAAUCUGGAUGAACUUUUCAUGCUCAUGCAUUUCCUUGAUGCUGGGAAGUUUGGAAGUUUAGAGGAGUUUCAAGAGGAGUUCAAGGAUAUCAACCAGGAGGAGCAGAUUUCAAGGCUUCAUAAAAUGUUGGCUCCUCAUCUUCUUAGAAGAGUGAAGAAAGAUGUCAUGAAGGAGUUGCCUCCAAAGAAAGAGCUUAUUUUACGUGUGGAAUUAAGUAGUAAACAGAAAGAGUACUACAAGGCAAUUCUGACUCGUAACUAUCAGAUGCUAACUCGUCGGGGUGGCGCACAGAUUUCCCUUAUCAAUGUGGUUAUGGAGUUGCGCAAGCUUUGUUGUCACCCUUAUAUGUUAGAAGGAGUUGAACCAGACAUGGAGGAUACAAAUGAAUCUUUCAAACAGCUGCUGGAAACUUCAGGGAAAUUGCAACUUUUGGAUAAAAUGAUGGUUAAGCUUAAAGAGCAAGGACAUAGAGUUCUUAUUUAUUCACAAUUUCAGCAUAUGUUGGAUUUGCUGGAAGAUUACUGUACUUACAAGAAAUGGCAGUAUGAACGAAUUGAUGGCAAGGUUAGUGGGGCUGAACGACAAGUUCGAAUUGACCGGUUUAAUGCCAAGAAUUCUUCCAGAUUUUGUUUUCUACUUUCUACGAGAGCCGGGGGUUUGGGUAUAAACCUUGCAACUGCUGACACAGUUAUUAUAUAUGACAGUGAUUGGAAUCCCCAUGCUGAUUUACAAGCAAUGGCUAGAGCUCAUCGACUUGGACAAACUAACAAGGUUAUGAUUUAUAGACUCAUAACACGAGGAUCCAUUGAAGAAAGAAUGAUGCAGAUGACGAAGAAAAAAAUGGUUUUAGAGCAUCUAGUUGUUGGGAAACUGAAGACACAAAACAUUAACCAGGAAGAGUUAGAUGACAUCAUAAGGUAUGGCUCAAAGGAGCUAUUUGCUGAUGAGAAUGAUGAAGCUGGAAAAGCCCGCCAGAUCCAUUAUGAUGGUGCCGCCAUAGAUAGAUUACUUGACCGUGAACAAGCUGGAGAUGAAGAAGCUACUUUGGAUGAUGAAGAGGAGGAUGGAUUUUUGAAGGCCUUUAAGGUAGCAAAUUUUGAGUAUAUUGAUGAAGUUGAAGCUAGGGCAGAAGAGGCAGCACGAAAGGCAUCCAUGGAGAAUAAAACUAACAUGAGCAAUUCAGAAAGGGCAACAUACUGGGAGGACUUGUUAAGAGACAGAUACGAAGUGCAUAAAAUUGAAGAGUUCAAUGCCUUGGGGAAGGGGAAGAGAAGCCGCAAACAGAUGGUAUCUGUAGAAGAGGAUGACCUUGCUGGUUUGGAAGAUGUAAGUUCUGAUGGCGAAGAUGAUAAUUAUGAAGCUGAGUUGACUGAUGGUGAGACAACCUCAUCUGGGACUCAAUCUGGGAGAAAGCCUCACAGGAAGAAGCCUCGUGUGGAUAGUAUGGAACCACUUCCUUUGAUGGAAGGGGAAGGAAGAUCAUUUCGAGUGUUAGGAUUCAAUCAAAACCAGAGAGCUGCAUUUGUCCAAAUUUUGAUGAGGUUUGGUGUUGGGGAAUUCGACUGGGCAGAGUUUGCACCUCGCUUGAAACAGAAGAAUUAUGAAGAAAUUAAAGACUAUGGAACUCUUUUCUUGACACACAUUGCUGAAGACAUAACCGAGGCACCGACUUUUUCAGAUGGUGUUCCAAAAGAAGGGCUUAGAAUACAGGAUGUUCUUGUUAGAAUUGCAGUCUUGCUAUUGAUUAGGGACAAGGUGAAGUUUUCAUUGGAAAAACCAGGCACUUCCCUUUUUGUAGAGGAUAUUGCAUCUCGCUUCCCAGGAUUGAAAAGCGGAAAAUUUUGGAAGGAGGAGCAUGAUCUGUUACUUCUGCGCGCAGUACUGAAGCAUGGGUAUGGAAGAUGGCAAGCUAUUGUUGAUGACAAGGACCUGAGGGUUCAAGAAGUAAUAUGCCAAGAGCAGAAUCUUCCUUUUAUAAAUCUUCCUGUGCCAGGUGGUUCUCAAGCUCAAGAUGGUGCAAGUAUAGGCAUUGCAGAAGCGGCUGGCGACAGUGUAAGGGGAACCCUUAGUGGGAAUGAUACAGUGGCUGAUGUUGCAAAAGGAGCCACUGAAGUUUUAAACCGAGCACAGUUAUAUCAGGAUCCUUCUAUAUUGUAUCAUUUUAGGGAAAUGCAAAGAAAGCAGGUCGAAUUCAUCAAGAAAAGGGUUCUGUUAUUGGAAAAAGCACUCAAUGCAGAGUAUCAGAAAGAAUUCUUUGGUGACAUGAAACCAAAUGAAAUUGCAAGUGAAGAGCCUGAGAAUGUAACAAAGGUCAUGGAGGUACCAAGUCCCAGUUCUGCAGAGAUUAGUUGCCAAAUAAUUGAUCAAUUACCUCAAAUAGAUGUGAUUGCUUCAGAAGAAAUUUCGAAUGCUGCCUGUGAUGAAAAACCAGAACGCUUGGAUACGGCUCGGCUGUAUAACGAGAUGUGCAAGGUACUGGCAGAUAAUGUCCAUGAGUCCGUUCAGACAUACAUAGCAAGCAAACCUGCAGGUCUCAAGUUGAGAAAGAACCUUCUUACUCUUGAAACCAUUUACAAAGACAUGAACCGGAUUCUCUCUCCGCAGCAGAACCCUACUCCAGAACAGCCAAAACAAAAUUCAAAUCAAGCACAAGGGGAAGCAGAGGGCAAUGCUACUGGAGCUGUUUCAAUAUCGAUCUCACAGAAUGAUCAAAAGCCAUUUGCUGGGUCCGAAACUGACCUCAAGGCCCCGAUUGCUGAACUAGAGUUGCAAAAUAAGAGCAGCAACCUAAUGGACAUAGACCCAGAAACAGGGAGGAGUAAAUUGCCGUCCACUGUUCCUGCUGCAAAUCAAUGUUCCCAUCAGGCAGAACCUGAGUUGAAACCCAUGGCCGUGGGAACUGGGGAGUCUACGGAAAUAAAAGAAAAGAAUAUAAAAGUCGACCCAGGCUUGGAUGCUGCACCAGAUGGAGCCAAAGAGAAACCAGGGUCUAGAGUCAUUAUUUUGGAUGAUUAACUCAUUAGAACAAUACCAAUGGAGCCAGCCUGUUUCUUUGUAAGUUGCAUUUUUAUUCACAAAUUACAUUAAUAGAUUUACAAUCAGAAGGGCAAGUUUCCCAUAUUUUGAAAUUGAUCAGAGCUGUAAAACACCAUAAAUAUUUUGAACAGAACGAGUUAUACCAGAAAUAUUGAAUCAUAAAAUCAAUUAAUUGAGAAA